GCACUUUGCACCUCACCCCGUUAGUAAGUUCUCCGUCCCGAGGCCCCUCCCCAGGCGCAUAAAGGUCUCAGCGCUGGGCAGUCGAGCUCACUUGCCGGACAGGCUGGUGUCAGAGGCACGCGGCCGACGCGUGGCCCUCCAGGCUCCCCGCAGCCUCCACCGCAGCCCCGCCGGUUCCCGCCCGGCCGGUGCGCUCGGCCCCGCCGCCCGCCCAGCCCCAGCCCAGCGCCGCGCAUCGCCUGUGCCCGCCGCGGGGAGGAGGAUGGGGCAGCGCCGGGCCAACCGGGUCCCGCUGCUGCUCUGCCUGGGUUUCCAUCUUCUACAAGCAGUUCUCAGUACAACUGUGAUUCCUUCAUGUAUCCCAGGAGAAUCUGGAGAUAACUGCACAGCUUUAGUUCAGACAGAAGACAACCCCCGUGUGGCUCAAGUGUCCAUAACAAAGUGUGGCUCUGACAUGAAUGGCUACUGUUUACAUGGACAGUGCAUCUACCUGGUGGACAUGAGUGAAAAUUACUGCAGGUGUGAAGUGGGUUACACUGGUGUCCGAUGUGAGCACUUCUUCUUAACUGUCCAACAACCCUUGAGCAAGGAAUAUGUAGCUCUGACUGUGAUUCUUAUUAUCUUGUUUCUUGUCAUAAUUGCCGGUUCCUUCUACUAUUUCUGCAGAUGGUACAGAAAUAAAAAAAGUAAAGAACCAAAGAAGGAAUAUGAAAGGGUGACCUCAGGGGAUCUGGCAUUGCCACGAGUCUGAACAGUCCAUCAAGCUAUGGGCAGGAAUGCACAGCCUGCCUAGUUCUGUUCAUAUUCCUAUUUUAUUAAUAGUAUUUAUGUUGGGUCAUGUGUUCAGUCAACAAUGGUGUAUUUUUAAUAUAUUUGGAAAGGUUUUUAUUUUUGUUUUAUUUUUGACAAACUGUCUCCUAAAGUAUGAUGUACACAAAAUAUUUAAUAUAGAAAGAAAAUCGAUAUUUUUGUAAGAAAUAAUUUCCUGGACUAAAUGCUUUAUUGAAAGCUUCAAAGCUUAUUUGCCUGCUGCACAGUGUUGAGUGAGCAAUUGCUCAGGAAAUGUCAACAAAUAACAGAUUUCUGUAAACUUAAAUAUGUGGUAAAAUCAACUUAAAAGAUGUGUUUUUUCUACUCCUCAAAUCAACGAUGAUUGGUUUGACAAUAUUAUAGUUUGAUGAAUGACUUGGCACCACUGUGUCACGUAUUAAAACAGUAAUGCAGUGGGGAUCGGGGAGAGGUAAGUCUAGAUCAUGUGCUAAACACUAUACAUCUGAAACAAACUAAACCCGGGAGGGCUGUGCUCCCUCGGCUUCCGUCCUCAGCUGCAACUCCGUGUAAUCUAGCUGGCGUGUAAAAAAGUAGUUCACCCAGAACUCCUGUGGAUACUGGUCACUCAUGUAACAGACUCUCCUUACAUAAAAUGAAUUGAGAACUUAAUAUUAUAACAUCUUUUAUGUAAACAGUAGAUAUUUUAUAACUUUACCAUGUUCCUUUUUUUUAGUACAACAUUUAUGUGAGGUAACUGUUGUUCAGGAGACAAUAAAGAAAAAUCCAUACUUGAAGCCAAAAUUUGUGCUUCUUUGUAAGAGUAUUUAUUUUCUUAGGGACUUUGCUGAAUAAUUCUAAGACUAAAUCAUAGUCCAAAAUUUGGUGGACUAAUCAUUAUCUUAAAGCAUAAGACAGUAGUUCUUUCUAUAUAUUGUCUAUAGAUAGAAAUGCAGUUAUUUCUUUCUAUACAAGAGAAUUUUGACUUAAAACAAUGCAGUAAGUAGCUUCUUCUAGAAUUUAAAAGUGUAUAUUUAAAGUUACAUCCUUAUGCAGAAAGUGGGGAGAAUAAGAAAAAUAAAUCAUUGUGUAUUUUUCCAAAUGAACAAAUUCAUUCGAAAGCUUUUAAAAUUCAGAGACUUAAUCACACUUUCCUAUGGAGACUGAAAUGAAACCAGGGCCCUGUUUUCUGUCUUUCGCUUAUUUUUUGAAAGAGACAAAGAUCUUCCCUGUGCUCAUAGCCCGUGGUUUCAGCGAGUUAGUAGGGAGACUUGGGACAACCACCUAAGGAGCCACAGCUGCCCCCACCCCCGGGCUCAUGGGAGAGUGCUUGGCUGAACACUAGACCUUUGCGUACAGUCUCUCAGGAUCAUACACCUGGUCAGAGAGGGUCGAUUCUUCAUCCACACUUCCUCCUGGCACGUGCUAAGCCAACAAAGAGAAAACAAGUGACGGCUGACCACGGAAGUGGCAGGUGCCAGGACUUGCCUCCAAAUAUAGCCUGGUGCAUUCACAGGACUCUUAUCCAAAGUCCUGGAUCUGGUGCCAUGAAAAAACAAAUAACAGAUGAAUUUAAACAUAUAUAUGUACAUUCAUAUGCACACACACGUACACAUGAGUUCAACCAAUCAUAACAUUAUAGUCAUGUGUUACUCUUUGAACAGUAUGCAAAACUUAAAAAAGAAAAAGAGAAGUAAAAUGAGAUUCAGUGAGAUCUGAAGGGAUAUUUCUGUUCCCAUUAAAUGUAGCUGAAGUCAAAUGUGCUGUCUAAGAACAUAUUUUAAAUCCUGCACAUCCUUAUUGGCACCUACUGUAUGUAAACAACGUCUGCCUAUUUAAGUGACCUUGAUUGUUUCAAAGAAAAUGUACUGAUUAACCAAGAAAUCAGCUGAAAUUCAUUUAUUUUAUCUACAAAAAGGGAGUCAUAUUUAUUUAUCUUAAGUAACUAUCUCAGUUAUUUAACUUAUUGUAAGUAAUUAUGGAUGUUUUUAAUCUUAAGAAUGCUUAAAAACUAACCCCUGUAAAAGUUGAAUAUUUAUUUAUAACUUCAUUUUAAAUAACAAAAGGUAAGACCCAAAUUGUUUUUUAUGGGUGAAAAUAAGUACAAAAUAAUUGUUUUAAUGAGGAUAAUCUAAGCAAACAUAAACAUGAUUGCCACUAGCUCAUGUUUCCUACAAACAAUGGAAAGACUUUUGGUUCACAUUUAGUAUACCUUCCUCAUUUUACAAAUUUAUCACUAUAUAUAUUUCUAGAAGGGACUAUGCAUAUCCAACAUACUGAGAACAAAUGCAAGUUCUAUGCAUUGUUGCAAAAAUUAUGGCUUCCCACCAAGGGAAGGUUAUUCCCACACAAUAACCCAGUUGACAUAGUGUAUAACCAGGAUUUCUAUGAUUGAAACCAUGAAUUUCUAUGAUUGGCACAAAAAGUUAAACCUCAAAAUUGAGAUUUAUGUAAAUAUUAAACAUUAAUAAUACAAUAGACUGCUACUGUUCUUUAGACAUACUUUUCUCAUCUGUCUGUCAAGAGUCAAAGCUGGUAUGAUUGUGUCUUAGAUCAGAUUUUUUAUUUUGAGUCAUUGAGAAGAGACUCAAAGGUAAAUUCAGCUGCCAUCUGGCAUCAAAUCAAUUUUAAUGCUGCAAAUACAAGAUACUAGUUUGUAAUUCCUGUUGAGUUCAAUAAUGCAGUUUUUAAAACUCAUCUCUCAUCUUUGUCAUAUUUUCUGUAAUAGCCAUUCUAUAGACUUCUGAAAAAAAGUGUUUAAUUUGCUGUCCAAUAUUUUCUGAUUUUUUUCUACUCUAAUUCAUAUGGGAGAAGGGGGAGUAAUGGCUUGUAUAAGCAGUGUUUCUGGAGUACAUUUUAAUGUUUUAACUAAAGACAAUUUUAUCAAAAACAUCUCUGUUAUUCAAACUGGAUGAUGUUAAAUAUAUUUUAUUUUCUCUUUGCUGUUUUUGCACUCUGUAAUCUCACUUUUUAAAUUUGAAGAGCCAUUUGGUAUACAGUUUAUAUUAAAGAGGCUAUGAAACACAAAGUUGUAUUGCAUGCAGUUUAAGGUAACAUUUGAUAGUAAAUUUUAUCAGAGUAUUGAAUUGUAUCAAUUUGUUUGUGUUCAAUAUCAGCUUUGAUAAUUGUGUACCUUAAGAUAUUGAAGGAGAGUAGAGAUACUUUACAAAGUAUUGUUAAUGUUUAUUUAUUUUGUUGGAAACUGGAAAAAAAGCAUAAUUGAAAAAUAAAAAUGCAUUAAGCUCCAUGCAUUAAAAAUCUUAAGUGAUAAA